UCUGUAUAACUGGGUUAUAAAUAGCCAAUCUGGAAUCAGGAUAGAACUAAAACUAGCCUAUAAGCAGCCGGAGAUGAGACUUGUGCACAUACAGAUGUAGGUAGAAAAAUAACGCGUCUAGAACCUAAGGAGUUCCAACAUGGUGUGUAUGCAGGGACGGAUGCAGAAGGAAUGGUUGGCUUUGCAGAAUGAUCCACCUCCAGGAAUGACUCUGAAAGAAAGAAGAGUUCAGAAUACAACCACAGAGUGGGUUAUAGAACUGAAAGGCCCUCCUCGAACCCUGUACGAGGGCCAGAAGUUCCAGCUACUCUUUACGUUUAACAGCCAAUUCCCGUUUGAACCUCCUCAGGUCAUGUUUACCGGCGAGAACAUUCCGGCCAAUCCGUUCGUCGACAGCAACGGACACAUUCGUCUGUCCCGUUUAACUAUAAGGGAGUGGGCUCCAGCUCUGACUGUCCGGUCCGUGUGUCUUGUCAUUAUCAGCAUACUAUGCAUCUGGAAAGAGGAGUGUCGUCCACCUGACAAUUCCUCAAAGAAGAGAAAGUGGUGGUGUUGGUGGUAGCACGGUUCUGAAUAAGCCUCACCACCAGGACUGGCACUGGCACCAUAUCAGCAGACAAGCAGUUGUUUUGUUUUUUUGGGGGGUUUUUUGUGCAAUGAUUAAGUCUUUGUGUAAAGGCAGUCAGUCCAGGCAUGUCAAUUUUAUAACGGAAUAAAAACUUAUUUUAGAUGAUUAGAUAAAUGUAAGACUUGCUUUUGCAAAACCAUUUUUUAUAAAUAAUAAACCUCCUUUUUCUGUA